AUGGAAAAGCAAGAACUCCAGACAUCGUUCCUCAGAAAAUAUUUCAAAUCCUCUACAAAACUCUCCCAGCUUCCCAUCGAGGAACAGGUAGCCCUGUUCCGCGAAGCGAUCAGCCAAAAUGCCACGUUGACCAAGAUCCUCAGCCAAGCUUUGGAUUUAGACCUCCCCGAGUGGUACUUGGCCUCUGGAUGCAUUUUCCAAACGGUCUGGAAUGUUUUGACCGGACGAGACCCCGAAGCCGGCAUCGCGGACUAUGACCUAGUCUACUACGACAAAAGCGAUAUCUCCUGGGCGGCAGAAGACGCUGCAAUCCAAAAGGGCCAGAAGAUAUUUACGGGCGAUAAUAACAAUAACAAUAAUUCCUCGUCUACUUCUACUACUACUACUACUACUACUACUACCCCCGUUGAGAUCCGCAACCAGGCCCGCGUCCACCUGUGGUACAAGGAAAACCGCGGAAUCGACUGCCCACAACACGCGUCCGCAGAGGCCGCAAUCGCCACUUUCCCAACCACCACUGCCUCCCUGGGAGUCCGCUUACUGCCUAACGGGGAUUGGCGCAUCUUUGCCCCGCACGGCUUUGCGGACUUGUUUGAUCUGAUCGUGCGCCCUAACCCGGUGCUUACGCCGCCGCAUGUGUACAAGGCCAAAUCAGAGCGAUGGCAGCGUCAGUGGCCGGGGCUUACCGUCUUGCCUUGGCCGGAAGCGGAAGUGGAAAGCUCCGGGCAAGAAGAGGCAGGCGUGGGACUUGCAUCGGGAGUGUACAUCGCUCCGCGGCUCGCACCUUGA